AUGGAGGAAUUAGGUUUACUCCCACAAAAGCCUGUUGUCUUGUCAAAACAUGAAAGUCAUCACCAUCACCAUCAUCAUGGAUCAGAUCAAGAUUUGUAUAUAAAGAUGAAGAACUUGGAGAGUAAAUUAGACUUUUUCAACAUUCAAGAAGAGUAUAUUAAAUAUGAAUAUAAAAAUUUAAAGAGAGAAUUACUCCACGCUCAAGAAGAAGUUAAACGUAUUAGAUCUGUACCACUUUUGAUUGGUCAACUUUUAGAAAUGGUUGAUUCAAACAAUGGUAUUGUUCAAUCAACAUCUGGAUCAACAUUAUGUGUUAGAAUCCUUAGUACAAUCGAUAGAGAAUUAUUAAAACCAUCAGCCAGUGUUGCACUCCAACGCCAUUCAAAUGCAUUGGUUGAUACUCUUCCACCUGAAUCAGACUCGAGCAUUCACUUGUUGGGUGCCGAUGAAAAGCCAACCGAAGGUUAUUCCGAUAUUGGUGGUAGCGAUAUUCAAAAGCAAGAGAUGCGUGAAGCCGUUGAACUCCCACUCACUCAUCACAACCUAUAUAAGCAAAUUGGUAUUGAUCCACCAAGAGGUGUAUUAUUGUAUGGUCCACCAGGUACUGGAAAGACAAUGUUGGCCAAAGCUGUUGCUCAUCAUACAAGUGCAUCAUUUAUCCGUGUUGUAGGCUCAGAGUUUGUACAAAAGUAUUUGGGUGAAGGUCCAAGAUUGGUAAGAGACGUGUUUAGAUUGGCCAGAGAAAAUGCACCAGCCAUUAUCUUUAUUGAUGAAAUCGAUGCUAUUGCCACCAAGCGUUUCGAUGCUCAAACCGGUGCCGAUCGUGAAGUACAAAGAAUUUUGAUGGAAUUGCUCAAUCAAAUGGACGGUUUCGAUGUCUCUGUAAAUGUAAAGGUUAUCAUGGCCACCAAUCGUCAAGAUACUCUGGAUCCAGCUCUCCUCCGUCCAGGUCGUCUCGAUAGAAAGAUCGAAUUCCCACUUCCAGAUCGUCGUCAAAAGAGACUUAUCUUCCAAGUCAUCACCUCCAAAAUGAAUCUUUCCGAUGAAGUUGAUCUUGAAGAUUUCGUUUCAAGACCAGACAAGUUGAGUGGUGCCGAAAUCCAAUCUAUUUGUCAAGAAGCCGGUAUGCAUGCCAUCAGAAAGAAUCGUUAUGUCAUCUUGGCCAAAGAUUUCGAAAAAGGUUACAAGUCUGCCAUCAAAAAGAAUACCCAUGAAUUUGGUUUCUAUUCUAUUUAA